GACACACCAAUCACAUGACGCGCUGCAGUCAAUCGUACCAAUCCGGCACGCCAUUGGCCGCACGAGGUAUCGCAGUAUGGUAUAAAUAGUCGGCGAAGCACCUCAAACGACAGAACGUGUCGAGGCACCAUCUGCAUCGCAUCGAUAGAGAAGCUCAACUUCGAAUCAUAUUUACCAUGUCUGGUCGUGGAAAAGGCGGAAAAGCUAAGGGAAAGGCGAAGUCGCGAUCUAAUCGCGCUGGAUUGCAAUUCCCCGUUGGACGUAUCCAUCGACUUCUGCGUAAAGGAAAUUACGCCGAACGCGUUGGCGCUGGUGCUCCGGUCUAUCUUGCCGCGGUGAUGGAAUAUCUCGCUGCGGAAGUAUUGGAGUUGGCAGGAAACGCUGCGCGCGACAACAAGAAGACCAGGAUUAUCCCCAGGCACUUACAGCUAGCCAUUCGUAAUGACGAGGAGUUGAAUAAAUUGCUCUCUGGCGUUACUAUCGCUCAAGGUGGCGUACUGCCAAAUAUUCAAGCAGUUUUGCUGCCGAAGAAAACUGAGAAGAAAGCUUAACCACGGAUCAGCAAUAAUCAUAAACGGCCCUUUUUAGGGCCACCAAUUUCUUCAUAUACGAAGGACAUUUAGUUUGCAAUUCUUUUCUCUUAU